AUGUCUUCCACUACCAAUCUGUCUCUUGAUUGCUGUGUUCGCAGCAUCCCCACCACCGCAGAUAAGCAACUCGUGGAAAUCCGAUUAAGGAGAUUCAGCAAAUUAGUGUCUCCAUUUUCUAACCAAAACAUCCAACAAACUUUCCCAACUUCGAUUUCCAAUGCUCUGUUUCACUUUCCUCUGCCAGAGCUUGAACUUGAAAACCCAUCCUUAUUCCACGACUUCCUCCUUCAAUUCCUCUCUCCGGCUGACUCCGCCGCCAUAUUCCACAACAUCUCCUCCUUCGCCCUUCAACUGGCUGCCGGCAACCUCAAUCUCAAUUUCCACCUCAUCGCCACAGUGGAUUUACUCUACACGAUCUCGAUAAACCUGAACCUGAACCCACCACAAUAUUCACCGCCGGUGAGGAAUGGGGUGCCGGCGUCGGUCAUGGAGCGGCUUAUGAAUGAGAAAUAUGAUGAUGGGAAUGGAGGGGAAGGGAUGGGAGGUCAAUGCUGCGUUUGUUAUGAGGAUCUCAACUGUGAAAGGGAAGAGGAAAAGGAGGAGGCAACGAGAAUCCCCUGCGGGCACGUCUAUCACAAGUCCUGUAUUCUCAAAUGGCUCAACGUCAACAAUUCAUGUCCUUUGUGCAGAAGUGAAUUUCGUUGA